AUGCGGGAGGACCCACCCUGUAGCACGGACCGCACGGCGCCUGUCCGGGUAGGCGACGCUGUCUUCUUGGAGGGCACAGGGCGCUGGUGGGCCGGCUUCACCUUCCGGGCAGUUGUGGCGGACGUCCGAACAUCGGACGGCACGAUCAAGGUGCGCUAUGCGGACGGCGGCUACAAGCGCCUCUCCCGCGCCGAGUUUGCCGCCCUCGUGAAGCGGUUCGACGACCUGCCGGGCGCGCGCGACGUCGAUGUCGCCCCGCUGCCGCUGGACAUGUUCGACGACGCCGACUUUUCCCACAGGGGUCCCAGGAGCAGCGGGCGCGGGACCUGGAAGAGGCCCGGCUGCGGCAUGCGAUCGGCAGGGCGGACGAGGGCUCCGAAGCCGCCCGUCGCGAGCUGCAGGCGCUGA